GCUGCCUUUGAGCGUCACGUGGCUGCCACACGGAUGCCCAGAACCGGUGUUGCAGGAGCCGUAGGCGCCGGAGAAGCAACAUGGGACGAUUCAAAUACUUAUAGAGAGUGUUGAUGGAGAGGACUUCGAAUGUCAGCCGGGACAGUGGUUAUCUGUGGUGGAAUUCUAGCUACAGUCAUCUUACUGACUAUCGUUGCAGUACUGUGCUACUGUAGGUUGCAGUAUUAUUGCUGUAAGAGGGAGGAGCCAGAGAGGGAGGAGGAGGAGCAACCGGACAUCACCACCAUGUCCUCUCUCCCCACACCAGUACACACAGCUGGGGACCUCGACGUGAUGACCACGCCCCCCUCCGAGCCUAACGGGCCCGCCUUUGUCUAUACUCCGCCCCUGGUCCGCAAACCAGUGACACGCUCCCAUACAUUCUGCCCCUCCUGCACGCCUUACUCCCUGCCCUUCUACCUGCAGCACCCCUCUGAGAGGCUGCGUAACGGCGGUGGGCGCAUCAGCUACAGGACUGUGCAGCAGCAGGAGCUGGACCUGCCCAUGGACCUGGCCAGCUUCAACCACAAGCUCAACCUCAUCCGCUCUGUCACCAUGAGGGAGGUGGUCACCCACAGCCACAGUGUCAGCACUGACGUGUAGCCCCCUGGUGGCUGGGAGGACCAAUGUCAGGGACCUGACCUGGCUGGAGGGAAUUUGAUUGAACUCUUACUUAGUGUAGAUAUUUUCCACUUCAACAAAUCGAUGGGUACGUUCACUCACUCACACGAUGUAAAGGGUUUUUUUUGGUCUCACGUGUAGAUAUAUGGACACCUAGUCCUGAAUUCACCUUUUUUUCUCACGUCAUGCUUUCACUUCAAAGGUUAAUUUGUCAGUAUGUUGAUGGCAAUGUGUCAAUCUGCUCGUCUUUCUUUAGAGGAUUAUGAUUCAGACAGCAAGAACACAGCAAGGACAUGGUGUGUGUGUGUGUAGGUGUGUGUGUUUGUGUGUGGGGAAGCACAUGAACGGUAUUUUAAAAAGGGCUUAAUAUCAUAGGCAGCAUAGAGGAUCUGUGAUUGUGAGGGAGACAUUUUUUCUCAAGAAAAGCUUAAGCUGGCAGAACAGGGCCGCUGGAAAACGUGUGGCGAGCUGGCAUUUGCACCAGCAUUUUUUUAUCAGAUGUGGCAGGGCUCCACAACUUCUGAUUUAGUUUACAAAAAAAUAUUGACGAGAAAGGCGUAAAAAACUAGGGGAAAUGUGCCGUUUUUUUAGACCGAUUUGCCUCAUGAUUUGUCAACUCGCUCACAAUUUCUCUGUCCUUCACAUCGCUGUUCUGCUGCAGUGUCUUGACAAAAGAGAUGAACGGAAAUCACAGGUCUGGCCUGGCACACUCUCACCUGAAUUGCCAACAACCGGAUGCACCCAGUUUUCAGGGACACAGCUAACUCAACCUAGCUUCCUUUUCCAUUGAUAACCGGAGCUCCACUCAGGCAUUUAUUUUACACCUGCUACAUUAGGUUUAGGUUAGGCCAGGCACAAAGCUCAAGGCACGCUUCACUUUCCUCAGUAUUUAUUUAGCAAAUGUGAUAACAUAUCAUUCCCGACAGACACAAGCAAAAAGUCUUUACAUAAAUGUUGUAGCAGCCUACACCUGAACAUUAGCAAUCUGACAUGCUGUAUUGCAUGGAAACAAGACGAUUCUUCAGUCUGAUCAACUGUAGGCUACUAACAACAGCAACUGCAAACAGUCUACUACACCCUGUCCCUCUAGCCUAGCUCAACCUGCCGGCAAAUUGCGCUAUUAUUCAUUUGACUUAAUUUGUCCUCCAUUCAGGCUGCAAGGGCAUUGAUUGCCUCCUCAACAAGCUUUAAAGGUGAGCCGCCUGAAAAAAUACCCAUGAAAAAUAUGCGUACUGCCUUAAUAAAAGGGAAACAGUCUUUUCACGUCACUUCAAUAACAAAUUGAUGUUUUCGUAGUAGGUUAGGAGAACAUACACAGCAGGUUAGGAGAAUUACCAUAGAAAGUUAUGAGACUGAGGUAAAAGUUAGGAAAAGGGUUAGCAUAAAUUCUCUCUUAUCCUGCUAUGACAAUCACUUUGUAUCGGAGUGUGAAAAGAGUGUGUCCCCUUAGGAGAAUUACCAUAGAAAGUUAUGAGACUAAGGUAAAGGUUAGGAAAAGGGUUAGCUUAAAUUCUCUCUUAUCCUGCUAUGACAAUCACUUUGUAUCGGAGUGUGAAAAGAGUGUGUCCCCUUAACCCCCUCGAGUCGAUUUCCACGGCAAAAUUGUAAUUAGCAUAAUGUCAAAAUCUCCAUCAAAAUCCAUCUGUUAAAGCUAGAUAGAUUUGCUUGGAUGCUUUGGAUGCCUUUCAAUCCACCACAUUCACAUCUGCAGUGAAAGGUUGCUGAGCUACAGCAGUGUUUGGUGUUUGUCAGACCAUGAGACAUCCCGAAAAUCGGUCUUCUCACAUAAAAACGUCUUUAGCGGUUUGGCCUACACAAAAAUAUGACCCCUUCUUGUUUUGCUCUAGGACGAUUUUCAAGCCUCGCCUGAAGGUACCCCGGUACAAGUUUUAAAAAAUGAAUGGAAGUAUAUAUGGAAGUAGUUUAGUGCCUAAAAUCUAGGGUUAAAUAGGUGUACAAAAAUAUAUGAAUAGUUUCCUGAUCUUUCUUAUAUCUCUCAGAUAUAUUUCAGAACAAACUUCCUUUUGAUUUUUUUGGGGACUGUUGUCCCAUGCAGUGAAACUGCAGUGAAUCUGUUUCUAUGGGCGAAUAGCAGUAAGGCCAAAUUCAAUGUUUCAUCAAAUAUAUUUUUAAAUAUAUAUUUUGGAUAGCUUAAAGAGGUCUUAAAAUUCUAAAUCAAAUAGCAAAUUACCAUUGGAAUGGCCGUAAAACAACUCCAUAUGCUAGUUUAAUAAUCCUGUUCAUAAAACACAAUUUUCCACCACCAUGCUAGAGUGGCUGAUGCUACUUCCUGAUGUUCAGCCAAUCAAGUUGCAACAGUGGGUUGCGUACCUCUGGCUGAAUGCUGUGUACAACACCAGGAAGUAGCAUUAUCCAUUUGAAAAUGUUUUAUUAAGACAAUACAUAUUUUUCCCAUAUUUAUUUUUUUGCUGGCUUGGCAUUAAAGCUAGUUAACAAGGCAACUGACGCCUUUACAGCCUGAAAAAAAAGGUUUUAUGUACGAGCCAAUGGCCAGGGGACACAAGUGUAUAGCCGGCUGAAUUACAUUCCUGUCGGACGCAGAUGACAAACGACGUACAAGGAAUAAUAACACCAUCUGCCAGCCGGUUGGUCCACCUCUGGCCGGGGUAAACGAAGCGGAAAAGGUAUGUAUUUAUUGCUCCAUUUGUUUGUGUUAGGAACAGAUCAUAUUUGGUUUAUAUUCACACUUGGGCUGCCUAGACCUUUUCUAUCCAAAAAUGAUUAACCGGAAUUAACGAGUAAACACAAUAGCUGACAUAGACUGUGAGUUCAAUGUUUUAUUAGGCCUACAGUUGCAGAGGGCAGGCCUCCACAAUGCAAACUUGCAUAAAGCAAGCUAAGCUUUGUGACCUCUAUUAUCCAAUCAUAUUGCUGUAUCUAUGUCUGUGUAGAGAGAAACCCUGUUAGUCUAGCUUUGAAAUAUAACUCAUAUGAACAGGUUGCUGCAGUUUGACAGGGUUUUUAUCCUCCCCACUGCCAGGUUAUUUUUCUCCUGGUUAUUAUAAACGUGACCUGAUUAGAAAACGCUGCUCUCAUCAUAGCCCAUAUUAAAGCUUUUAUUUUAUUUUUUACAACUGAUGAAUCAUGUCAUACCAUAUAAGGUCCAGAGUUUUACCUCGUUAGGUUACCAGAUCAGGAAAAACUAUGGGCCCCAGGAAAAAAAUAAUCGCCCCACCACUCUGGGACCUGUGGUGCCACCUCCGAGGCAUAGUAAUAACUGUGUCUGCUGUGUGAUAUCUGUACGGUACAUUUUCUUGGGGUUUAUGUAUAGGUGAUGACACAUAAGGCACUGUAAGCUGCUAAAAUAAGGACAGAACCCUAAUAUCUUGGUCUCAUUAGCCUGAUUCUCAAAUCCUCUGAAGUGUUGUUGUUUCAGUUUUGAGUGUCCUCUCAAUAUAUUCUUAAUCGAGAGGAAACGUAACUAUUUUAAGAGCUCAUUUGGUUCAAACUUAAAGGGAAAAUAUGUUUAAAUAUAUAUUUGAAGUGAUUUUCAUGUAGCUCAUUGUCAAGUCAUAUACUUCAAGUUCCACAAUAAAAAGUUAGUGUAUGUCAAUUGAGUUGGUUGCUCUAGUAAUGUGUGUACUGUUUACUUGGCAAGUAUGGGUGGCCCAAACUCUUUUUGAAUUCUCCCCAAAAAUGUAACAUGGCAUGUCUUGUUUUGAUUUAACAGUGUUUUGUCUUCUUGGUGUAUAGGAUAUUUGUGUUUUAUUUCAGCAGUAAAUGUGAGAGGGAGAGCCCUAUACAUAAACCAGCAGGUGGCAUCAGGUCCUGGUAUAUGCAUUUCCCAUUAACUACUAUGGAUGAACCAUAUGUGGAAUACAGCAUUUUACAUUG